UUUAAAUUUAAAUUCGUGUAAUACUCAAUUAACGAUAAUAAAAUGUUAGUCUAUAUUUUAGUUGUAAGCUUUAUUACAAUAAUAAAUUUUAAUUAUAUAGUUUCAACUCAAAUUAGCCUCAACUGUUUAUAUUCUAAAUAUAUGUUAUAUUAUAUGAAUACUAAAGUAAUCCUUUUCCAAAAACUUGAAUUAAUAAAUCCAAUUCCUGUUGGUAAAAUUGAAGAAUUAGAAGAUGAACUCAAAUCAAUGGGUGAAGUCGUAUUAAUUAUGCUUGAAAAUAUCUAUUAUGACUUUGAAAACAAAACUAAAAGUUUAAAUAAAUAUGAAUACAAUUUUCAUAAUCCAUAUAUAAAAAAAGUAGAUGGUUUGUUAACAUUAAAUUUGUAUUUAAAUAAUUUUUCUGAAUAUUUUAAGCUUAGAUCAAAUAGCCAAUUAAAUUCUCAAGAAAAAAAAUUAAAUGAAACUAACAAUUUUAUAAAACGAUUUCAACAAAAUCAUCCUAUUAUUAUAGAAAAUUUAAAAAAAAGCAUAAGUAUUGCUUGUUUAAACGGAAAAACUUCUUCUUUUAAUAUUCUAUUCUUUUGCUAUGAUCAAAAUUAUCAGAAAUCAUAUCCAGAUUUUGAGUAUUUAAAUAAAUUAUUACCGAAACAUUUAAAUUACAAUGUAUAUGAAAUUGUUGAUAAUAAUUUGAAUAAAAUGAAGACAAUGGAGAUUUUAGACGACUCUGAAGUUGAUUUGCUGUAUUAUUUAAAAAAAAAACCAGAACGGGAUAAUAAUACUGAAAAAAUGAUACGAAAUCAUUUUCAUCCGAAUAAUAUAUUACUAUCAGGCCUAUUUAAAGAUAAAAGAACCACAAAUGGAAUAGAUUUAUUAACUGGUAGUCCUGACCCUAUGAAUUUAUUUAGAAGUGUACCUAUAGAUGCAAAAUUAGAAAAUGGAAAUUUCGCAAACGUCACUACAUUAUAUGAAAUGAUACAACAUGAUAUUGAUAUACAGUGUUUUAUAUCAUAUCAAAGACAAAUUAUAGUAGCUACGAUUCACCCUGUAUAUUAUUGGAUUAGUACAUUUACACAGUUACUGAAAAAAAUUUUUUUUAGUGAAUCUAAUAAUAUUAGUGAAAUAGAAAUUCGAGCUAAUAUAUUUGAAGUUGAAUUAGGACUCUUAGGUGAUACAAUCCAGAAAGUAAUAAGAACUUUAAUUAGUUAUAAAUUGUUCCCGGAAAACGUACAAUUUCAUCUCGAAGCUUCUUUAAUGCAGAUUGUUGAAAUUACUAAGUUUUUAAAAAAAGAUCAUAUCAAAACUCUAAAAGUUAAAUGGAUUGAUCAACUUUAUGGUAGAUGUGCCAGUAUAAUGAAAAUCCAUUUAUUAAAAUUUGGAAUUGAUGUAAAUUUCCCUAAAGUGUACCAUGAAGAAGAUUGUAAAAAAAUAAUAAUUAGACUGAAAAAUAAUAUCAAAGAAGUUCAAUUAUAUGUUGAAAAUUUAAUUCAUUAUAAAAAAGAUUAUAACAAUAUAUUUAUUCCAAAGCAAUUAUUUUCCAGUGAUUUUAUAUUUGAUUAUGAGCUAAGAUGUAAUGUUGUAGAAAAAUAUAAGCGGGUUUAUCACUUUAUGGAUAAAAUGAAAUAAACGGAAGAAAACUUAAUAACCAUUAAAAACAAUCUUUAAAUGUCGUGUUAUUAGUAAAAACUACACAUACUAAGAUAAAAUUUAAACGAAAUUGAGAUGCGCAAAACAAAAUUAUAUCAUAUUAAAAAAUAUGCGCGUGAACCUAAAAAAAUAACCUCAUAUUUUAUUGAAAAAAAACAAAAUUUUCUGGAUAUCAUUGGAGUGUUUCUGGGCAGGCCUGGUAAAAAUUACAUUAAAUUGAAAAACGCUGGCAGCAAUGAGCCUUUUGAUAGACAUUUCUAAACACGUCAUCGAGUACUUUCAUUAAAAUAAAAAAUGUAUACAUUAUUAUUAAAAAAAAAAAAAGAA